AUGUCGUCUUCAACUGAAAAUACUCAUUGUCCUGGUAUUGAUUACCUUAUAAUUAUUAAUCUUGAAGCUACGAUCUCUGAAGAAAUAUCACAAUCUACUAUACAAGUAACGAAGGCCUCACAGUCACAACGUAAAAGUUUUUGUAAGGAAACGGCAGAAAUUAUUGAAUUUGCAUGGGCAAUAGUAGAUACAAAAAAUUUUGAAGUGGUAUACCAACAUUCACAAUAUGUAAAACCUAAAGUUACUCUAUUAACAACCUUUUGCACCACUCUUACAAACAUAACUUGGGAUCAACUUGAAUUCGCUGGAAAUUUAAAGGAUGCAAUUGAUGCGUUAGACGAUUAUAUUCAGAACAAAAUACUUGCUGAAAAUAAAACCUUUUGUUUUUGUACACAUGGAGCUUGGGAUUUAAGGAUCCAAUUACCAAGAGAAGCAAAAGAUAAAGAAAUCGAACUGUCAAGUUAUUUAACACAUUGUAGAAUGUUUGAUUUAAAGCAAGAAUAUCAAAGAUGGCACGUUCAUCAUCCAGAUAUGACGCUAAAAACUCUUUCAUUGCAAGAAAUGAGUUCAACUUUUGAUUUAAUAAUAGUGGAAAUUCAUGAAUCAGGAUUGAAUGAUGUUUUAACCAUGGUCAACGUUGUCAGAUAUUUUUGUUCUUUUGGUCAUCAUGAUGUUUUCGUUAAUCCAAUAGAUACAAGUGCAGACUUGAAUCAGUUUAAAAAAGAACAGUCUAAAGUAAUCCAUUUAGCAGGCUUACCACACGAUGUUACACAACCUGAAUUAGAAGCAUGGUUUUCGGGUCAAGGUGUAAGACCUACAACAUUGUCGAUGAUUAAACCACCUGAUAAUCAAAAAUCAAGUGGAAUUGGGUUUGCAAUUUUCGCUACUCAUGAAGAUUCUAUGGCUUGUUUGGAUAUGAAUGGUAGAACGUUAGGUGAUCGAGUUAUAGAAGUUAGUCCAAGUAGCGAAAGAAUAAUCGAAGCUGCUGGAUCAAUGUUAUCACCGUUUCAGAUGAUAAAAAAUCAUGUUCGUCCAGGUGAUUGGAUAUGUUCAAUAUGUCAAUUUCAUAAUUUUUCUUCAAGGAGAACAUGUUUCAAGUGCAAUACCAUCAAUCCGAAUCCUCUUCCCGUGGUGCAACAAGUACCACAUAAUUUUACACAAGGCGAUUGGAUGUGUCCAAAUUUACCAUGCAGUUUUCAUAACUAUGCAUCACGCACUCAAUGUUUAAGAUGUGGAACCUAUAAACCUAGUGGUAAUGGUAAUUAUGGACAAUCGUCUACAUCAACACCACCAUUAUCAAUAACAUCGUCAACAUCAUCCACAUCGUCAGGUAUAUCUUUUAGACCAGGCGAUUGGAUUUGCCCAAAUCCAAAUUGUAUUUUUCAGAAUUUUGCAUCAAGAACUCAAUGCAUGAGAUGUGGAACAUCAAAUCAUUCAGGUUAUGAUACAUAUGGGAAUUUAACGUCAUCAAUAAUAGAACAACAACAGGGAGGUGGUUUAUAUGGUACAACUAAUGUUAUGGGCGAUUGGUAUUGUCCAUCUUGCAACUCACACAACUUUGCAUCACGUUUUCAGUGUAUUCGUUGUAGUUUACCUAAACCACCUAAUGCUAUAAAUAACAUUGCAUCAAUAGUUAAUAUGAAACCUGGAGAUUGGUUAUGUGGUAAUGAUAUGUGCGGCUAUCAUAAUUUUGCAAAAAGAACACAGUGUGCAAAAUGUGUCAUAAAAAUAUUAUCAUCAAAUACUGUUUUAAGGGCAGCUGCAUUUAAAGCUGUUGAAAUAUCACUUGUUUUGCCAUUAGAUGAGUUGGAAUACCUGCUACCAGAACCACUUUUUAGAACAAGUGGAUAUUCUUGGGAUUAUCAAAAAUCAAAUGAAUUGAGGGAACUGUUAAGAACAACCAUAACUGAAUACUACAAAAAUUACACAAAACAGCAACUGGAUAAAAGCACCACACCACUAUUUUUUAUGAUUGCUGGUGCAGGAGAAGGAAAAUCUAGGAAUGCAAAUGAGUUACCAAAUAUAUUGCAUGAAGAGUUUGCUUCCCAUGAAGAACUGAAAAAACGAUUUGAAAAUGCAUUAGUAUUUAACAUCUCUUUUGAAAAUGGCACUAAAAUAGACCUAUUAGAAGAAUGUAAUGCUGUAACUGCCAUUGCAAAACGAAUGCUUUUUCAGCUAGAAAAACAUAAAGGUGGCUGGAUGGAAGCACUUCGAAAAUAUCCAGAUGUAUCACCAGAUGAAGUAGUGUCAAAGAUUGCUAAACAUCAAAAUGUCCAACCUAAGGAUUUGACCAUCAUUAUUGUGAUUGAUGGGAUGCAAGCAGCAAUUCACCAGGAAGAUAAUGGAGUAAAUAAAUCAUCACUAUUCUAUUCAUGUAUGACAGUUUUGAAUAACUUUGCUGCAUCAGGACCAUUUGUGAUAGGAUGUUCCACAGCAACACUUAGCAGACCUUUUCAUGUUUUUGUGAGUGCUUCACAUCAAAAGCGAGUGUUUUUACCAAUACCAUCUUUAUCACCACCAAAAAGACAAUGA